GUCGCAGACGGGAGCGCGCAUGGAUCCCUGAGCUGGCGCGUGCAUACACUCACACACACGCUCGCGCGCAGUUUUCCGCUCACACUGUUUUUUAACGGCUGUCGAACGGCGCGGAGCAGCGAUGUGGAUCCAGAUCCGGACAAUCGACGGUAAAGAGACGCGGACGGUGGAGGAUCUGUCGCGCCUCACGAAGAUCGAGUCGCUGCGCGUGAAAAUCACAGAGAUCUUCAAUGUGAAGCCCGAGCAGCAGCGGCUCUUCUACAGAGGAAAACAGAUGGAGGAUGGGCAGACGCUCUUCGAUUACAACGUCGGCCUUAACGACAUCGUCCAGCUUCUCAUUCGCUCGCAGACAGACCCGCCAGACAGCCCCGCCCUCAACAACGGUGAGGGUGUGACCUGUAUUGUGACCCCGCCCACCACAGCUUCUGUCCCAAUCUCAGCCACACCCACCACAACAGUAGUUUCCCCAGCAACCAUCUGCGAUAGCAACGGGAAUGGAUCCAAAUCCUGCAGUCCAGUAUCCGACAGUCAGCCCUCCACAUCCGGCCGAACAUUCCUCAUUGAUCCCGGGAUCGGACUGUACAAAAUUAAUGAGUUGGUGGACUGUAGAGACGUCAGUGUUGGCGCGUGGUUCGAGGGCAUCAUUGAAAAAGUCACUCCCGCCAUUAAAGGUCAGAACGGCAAAGCUGGUGCAGCGCCCGCUGCUGGCAGGGUGGGUCGCCCCAGCAAACGGACUAAUGCAAAGCUGAAUUCAGAGGAGAACUCCACCUCUACGGACAGUAACGGCACAUCUGAGAAAACAUUAGACAACAGUGAACCAUCAACAUCAAAAACGGAUUCAACGCACAGCCGCGAGGACGUCACGUACCACAUUAAAUACGAAGAUUACCCUGAGAACGGAGUGGUGGAAAUGAGCCCGUGUGACGUGCGUCCACGGAGCAGAACUCUACUGCGGUUUGAUCAGCUGACGGUGGGUGACGUUGUGAUGGUCAAUUAUAAUCUGGAGCUUCCGGAGGAACGAGGAUUCUGGUACGACGCUGAAAUCACGUCACUGAACACUGUCUCGCGCACCAACAGAGAGGUCCAUGUGAAGAUUCUGCUGGGAGGCCCGGGCGAUGUGAUUGGUGAUUGUAAGCUGUCGUUUACUGAUGAGAUUUAUAGCAUAGAGAAACCCGGAGCGCCGGCGCUGUCUGCCGUUGACGGACCCUUCAAACGUAAGAGCGGUCCCGAGUGUAAACACUGUAAAGCGGAUCCUGAUGUGGAGUGUCGCUUCUGUUCAUGUUGUGUUUGCGGCGGGAAACAGGAUGCUCACAUGCAGUUACUCUGUGACGAGUGUAACAUGGCGUUUCACAUUUACUGCCUCAAUCCGCCGUUGACAGAGAUACCAGACGACGAGGACUGGUAUUGUCCCACCUGUAAGAAUGACAGCAGUGAGGUAGUUAAAGCUGGAGAGAAACUCAAAACCAGCAAGAAGAAAGCAAAGAUGCCGUCAGCCACUACAGAGAGCCAGAGAGACUGGGGGAAGGGUAUGGCGUGUGUGGGCCGCACUAAAGAAUGCACAAUCGUUCCCUCCAAUCACUACGGGCCAGUUCCCGGCGUUCCGGUCGGAACAACAUGGAAGUUUCGUGUUCAGGUGAGUGAGGCGGGCGUCCACAGGCCUCAUGUCGGUGGGAUUCAUGGUCGCAGUAAUGACGGAUCGUACUCGCUCGUGCUCGCCGGAGGAUUUGAAGACGAAGUCGAUCGGGGUGAUGAGUUCACCUACACAGGCAGUGGAGGUCGUGACCUUUCAGGAAACAAGCGAAUCGGAGAGCACUCGUUUGAUCAAACACUAACGCACAUGAACAGGGCUCUUGCGCUGAACUGUGACGCCCCCCUGAACGAUAAAAACGGGGCGGAGUCUCGCAACUGGCGAGCGGGAAAACCAGUGCGAGUGAUUCGCAGCUCAAAGGGCCGACGAAUCAGCAAAUACGCUCCGGAGGAGGGAAACCGCUACGAUGGGAUUUACAAGGUGGUGAAGUACUGGCCGGAGAUUGGGAAGUGUGGAUUCCUAGUGUGGCGUUACCUGCUGCGGCGAGAUGAUCUGGAACCGGCGCCAUGGACGCCUGAGGGAAUCGAACGGAGCAAAAAACUGGGCCUCAAAGUCCAGUAUCCUCCUGGUUAUCUGGAGGCAAUGGCCAAUAAGACUCGUCGAGAGGCGAGUGUCAGAGCGGUGGGCAGGUCUUCGCGGGGCAGGAAGAGAGGUCGACCACGAUCCCGAGCAUCCAAAAAAGUUGAAGAUGAGGAGGAGGAGAAACCUGUGAUGGAAGCGGAUGAAGAUCUGCAGAGUAAUGGCAGUGAAAACAGUCCUGAAGACGACGGCACAAGUGUGUGUGAGGAGCAGGACGAGCCAGAGGUGAAGCGUUUGAAGAAAGUGGAAUCGUUUGUUUUGUCUGAACAGCAGAAGAAUCUGAUACAGGAGGACGAACCAAACAAGAGACUGUGGGAUGAAGCUCUGAGCUUCCUGACGGAGGGACCGAACUUCCUGCGUAAGGUGGAGCAGCUGUUCAUGUGUUUGUGCUGUCAGGAGUUAGCCUACCAGCCAAUCACAACCGAGUGUUCACACAACGUCUGCAAGACGUGUCUUCAGAGGUCGUUUCGAGCUGAAGUGUUCACCUGUCCCGCCUGCCGUCAUGACCUGGGCAAAAAUUACAGCAUGACCCUCAAUAAAACCCUGCAGCUGAUCCUCGAUCAGUUUUUCCCUGGAUACAGUAAAGGACGAUGAGCCUCAUCCAGCACACACACACACACACACACACACACACACACACUCGUGCUUCAUGUAGAUGGGCUCUACCAACAACACCAGCCUGACAACUGUAUUCAAAGACACGUCACAUGACAAACGCACACCAUCAUGACUACAAACUCGACGGAUGCUGUCUGGCUCUGCCGAAGAACGUAACGUUCACAGAGUGAGAAAUGAAGCGAUGGCAGACAUCAUGAUUUGCCUCCAUUUAAUCAGUUCCCUAAAAAUCGGAGUUGAAGGUGAAUCUCACAAAUGUCCAGAUCAUUCUUAAAUCAAAAGAAAGACAUACAAAAUAAAAGCCUGUUUGAGGAUCAUUAGAACUAAGCACAUUUUCACCCCAAAUUGUCAUUACUGUCAUGUGUCUGGAUGUUUUACUUUUGGGUUUGUUUGAUGUUCAUUAUUCUCAGUAGUGAUUCUCAUAAGAAAUGUUUCAUGUUUAUUUAAAUGAACAUACAUUAGAGGUAGUGCAACAAAUACUUCAAUGAUAAGUACUUUUAAAAUGUAUAAUUUUUUGUCAUUUUAACGUUUUUAUAUUUAAUAUGUAUGAAUACAAUUUAACAAAUAUUUAAUUAAUUAUUUUUAUUUUUUGCAUUAUAGUAAUGAGAAUUUGGGUGGAAAUAAUUCAUUUCUUGACAAAAAAUAAAAUAUGUAAAUUCACUUUUUUUUUAUAUAUAUAUAUAUAUAAUUUUUUUUAAAUUAAAACAUAAGUCUUUCUUUUGAUUUUGUGGUGAAAUAUGACGGUGUUUGACUGAUUUUGUGAGAUUUACCCGUGGAGAACAGAUGUCUAAUGCUGAGGUCAAUAAACUUUGGUUUAAAACA